CCAAGGACUUAGAAUUAUACUUUUCUGAUGAGAAAAUAGGGCAAGGUUUACCACUUCUUCUACCUAACUAUACCAUCAUUCACAACCAAAUUAAAAAUUAUUUUCAAGCAAAACAGAAAGAGUUUAAUUUUCAAGAAGUGAUUACCCCAAUCUUAGGGAGCGAAGAGCUAUACAAAAUCAGCGGGCACUUGGCUCACUAUGAAGAAUACAUGUUUCCUAAAAUUAGUCGAAACAACGAAAAUCUCCGCUUGCGUCCCAUGACCUGUCCGCAUCAUUGCUCAAUUUACCAACAAAAACCUCGUUCUUAUCAAGAAUUACCUUUGCGCCUCUGCGAAAAUUCACUUUUAUUUCGUUAUGAAGCUUCCGGAGGUUUGAAAGGCUUAGAAAGACUGCGAACGUUUGAAUUACCUGAUCACCACAUCUUUGUGAGUUUUGAUAAACUAAAGGAAGAAUUGAAAACUAACUACCUUUACAUUUCCCAAAUUUUAGCAACUUUUGGUUUAAAAAUUACUCGUUUGGCUCUUUCUACUCAUGAUCCAGACAAGUGGCAAAAAUAUCACUCCAAUAAAGAAGCUGCCUUUUAUGGACCAAAACUAGACAUUGAAGUCCAACCUGCUGAUGGAAAAAUUAUUACUCUCGCUACCAUGCAACUCGAUUUUCCUACUCCGGAAAAAUUCGGGUUACACCCUUGUCAAAUUGCUAUUUUACCACUAAACGGGGAAAUAGCAACUAAAAAUUAUUGCGAAAAUUUAAAAGAAAACUUAGUCAAGAAUGGUCUACGAACCAAAAUUUUUGCGGAAAAAACCCUUAACUACCGUAUCCGUCAAGUAUACAAACAAAAAAUUCCCUACUAUUUAGUAAUCGGUAAGAAAGAAUUAGAGGAAAAAAAGUUAAAAUUAACAUAUACCUACUCUCCAACCACUAAAGAAGAAAAAUUAGAGGAAAAAGACUUCUUCCUCAACCAAAACAUUCCCUUUUCUCAAGUCUUAUUAGUAAGCGAGAAUAAAAAAGAGGUUAUUUCUAUUCAAGAAGCCUUGAAUCGAGCAAAGGAAGCAGAUCUAGAUCUUUUCUGUGUAGCUCCUCAGAUUAACCCCCCGGUAUGCAAAUUAAUUAAUUACCAAAAACAUUUCUUCAAAUUAAAUAAAAACAAAAAACCUAAAAAAGAAAAUAGUAGUAAAGAAAUGGGCUUUUCUUUUAAUAUUGAAGAGAAUGAUUUGAAGACCAAAUUAGAAAAAGUUCAAAAAUGA